AUGCGCCAGCACGUCGCCUUCACUCCCCACGCCAAACUAUCGCGAGGCUCCGCUGUUGACGGGACAGAUGGCGGCGCACACCUAGCGAGUCUCACAGUCGGCAAUCGCAGUAGCAAUCGCAUCCUCAUCUUCAACACCGGCAAGCUCAAAGAUCUUGUAAAAGUCGACUUUCGCGCUGUUGAUCAGUGGUUCGAAGAAGACAUGGAGAUAUAUGGCCAUCCCAAAGACCCAUACAAGCGCAUCGAUAUUCUACCAUCUUCCCGAAACGUCAGGGUAGCUAUCGACGGCGUUACACUUGCUGAGAGCUCAAGCGCCUUAUUCCUUUUGGAGACGACGCUGAGGACGAGGCAUUAUUUGCCGCCGACGAGCGUCAAUUGGGAGUACCUCACACCGAGCGACACGCUGACUUUGUGUCCGUACAAGGGUCGCGCGGAGUACUACAACGUCAGCGUUGGAGGCAAGCUGUUUCGGGAUCUUAUAUGGUACUACAGAUACCCGACUGCGGAGAGCGCGCCUAUUGCUGGACACAUGUGCUUCUAUAACGAGAGGGUGGAGGUUUAUGUCGAUGGUGUGAAAGAGACGCCUUGA